AGAAAGAUGUUUGUAUUCAGAUGACUGAAUUGGGUAAAAAGUAUGAACCAGUAUUCAGCUUUAAAUGUACGAUAGCUUUAAAUGUCAGCUAUUUGUAGGAAGAGAAAAAACUACUAAUAAAAAUAAGCAAAGAAAAGUUGUCAGAGAUUGUGUUUUGUUGAGCUACAAUCUGAUGGUGAAUCGAUGAUAUUUAUCACUUUUGGGGACAAGAGAUGCUUGAUACAUUCAAUCCAAAGAUAUAAAAAAUGAAAUUAAAAUUGAAGUGUUUACUUGAUUCCAAUGAGUUGUAAGCGCUUCACAUCUCAACAUGUUUCUCAACGUAAACCCAACUCUAUUCAACAUUUUUUGUGGUUGUUUAACUGUUUGGUUGAUCAAGCAUUUGUUCAACUUUAUUAAUCGACUUCAAAAACUUCCUCCUGGUCCAUGGGGUUUACCUUUUGUGGGUUAUUUGCCAUUCAUCAAGAAAGAUGCUUACAUACAAAUGACUGAACUGGCUAAAAAGUAUGGACCAGUUUUCAGCUUCAAAUGUGGUCAGUUUGAUGUGGUUGUGAUAAACGAAGUAAAAGCCAUUGAAGAAGCUCUAAGGAACGACCAUUUAUUAGCUCGUCCGGAUGCAAACUUUGUUCCUGGAUUCAAACGUGCUCCUUCAUUAAUUGAAAUGUCGGGUGAGCCUUGGAGACAGCAAAGACAAGUUGCUCUAACAAUACUUAGCGAUGUUGGUCUUGGAAAAAGUACACUUGAAGAAAAGAUCAAAGAAGAGAUUGGUUUCUUCAUUGAAUCUCUAAAAUCAGCAAAUAGUAAGAAUGGUGAUUUCAAUGAGAUUAUUGGAUUGAGUGUGGCGAAUAAUAUCUCAAUCCUUUUAUUUGGACAUCGCUUUGAAUAUAAUGAUCCUGUGGGAAUCGAAAUGUAUCGUAAUGUGAAGCAAGUUAUUGAAAGUGUUACAUAUUUCAGUAAAUUCAUGUUCAUGCCUAUUAUGCUUGUUUCUGUUUCCUUGACUGCCCAUUUCAAUUCGGCCCUCAGAAAACUAACCAGUAACUCGCAACAGCUCGAAAAGAAAGUUACAAUAGAAGUUGCUAAACAUAGAGAAAAGGGAGCAACUCAUGAAAUUGAAGAUUAUAUCGAUGGAUUCUUGCAAGAAAUGGAUAAGCAGAAAGAUUCCAAUUCGAGUUUUAAUAUGGACACACUGCGAAGAAAUACUGCUGAUUUUUACACUGCAGGAUCCGGCACCACAACACAUGUAUUGAACUUCAUGAUGUUAUAUUUGAUUACUAAUCCUGAAUGUCAACGAAAAAUUCGAGACGAAAUUAAGCAAACUAUUGGAUUCGAAAGACAACCAGAUUAUGCAGACAGAACUUCAAUGCCUUUCACAAUGGCGUUUAUUUUUGAAUCUCUACGAAUGGCAACACUAGUUCCUCUUAAUCCUCAUAGACGUGCUGCUCGAGACACGAAGGUUAUGAACUUCUUUAUUCCUGAAGAUACAAUAGUUAUUCUCAACUUCUGGGCUGUUCAUCGUGAUCCAAAUCUAUGGAAUGAUCCUCAUUCUUUUAGACCAGACAGAUUUCUUGAUAAAGAUGAGACAACAGUAAUAAAGUCCCCAAAUUUGAUGCCAUUUAGUGGAGGUAAAAGGAUAUGUCCAGGUGCAACUUUGGCUUUGAUGGAGCUGUUUCUUUAUUUGGUUUCAAUACUGCAAAACUUUCAAGUUUCAGCUCCAGAAGGAGAUAAUAUAUCUGACGAAGUUAAUUAUGUCUUUCUCAGAAUGGUCAAAAACCCUGUAAAACUCUAUUUUAACCCUUUGAAGGAAAACUAGUAAAUGUUUACUAAACAUUAUCUUGACUCAAAACCUGAGUAGCUUGAAUAUCAACAAAAAAAGAUGAAAUUAAGUAAACAAUUGAAUGCGAACGUCAACCUGAUUAUGCAGACAGAACUUCAAUGCCUUUUACGAUGGCUUCAUCUAUGAAUCUCUACCAAUGGCAACAAUAGUUCCUCUUAAUGUCCUAAAUGUCCUGUUCCAAAACACAAAGGUAAUGAGCUAUACCUAAAGAUACUCUCAACUUCUGGGCUGUUCAAUGCUGAUGAUGGGAUGAUGAAUUGAAGUUAUUGUAACACUUACGAUGCUAAGAGACACUCAAUAUAUAAAAUGAAAAGAUAUAAGAAAUGAAAUUAAAAUUGAAGUGUUUAUUUGAUUGCAAUGAGCUGUAAGCGCUUAACAACUCAACAUGUUUAUCAACUUAAACCCAACUCUUAUUCAACA